AUGAAGUCACAACUGUGGGCUGUGCUGGCCACAGUUGUCAGCUUUGGACCACGGGCUAUCGUUGCACUUAAUGGUUCCGAUCUUGAUUCUAUUGAAUCCACCAAGAGAGCUGCGGCGGCUGUAGCUCAGGGCGCCGUUAAAUACUACAAGGGGGACCAACCCGGCCAAACUGUUGGCAUUCUCCCCGAGCCGUAUUUUUGGUGGCAAUCGGGUGCAAUGUUAGGAACGCUGGUAGACUACUGGCACUAUACGGGAGACUCAACCUACAACAACCUGACCAAGGAGGGGUUGUUGUCACAAAAAGGCCAGCAGAAUGAUUUCCAACCCGCCAGCCAGUUAGGGAUUUUGGGGAACGACGACCAGGCCAUGUGGGCUUUGGCAGCUUUAUCGGCUGCAGAAUUCUCGUUCGACGCUCCCGGAUCUGAUCAACUGCAGUGGGUGGAUCUGGCCAAAAACACUUUCGAAGCACAAGUUAGGCGUUGGGACAACUCAAAAUGCGGUGGAGGGCUCAAUUGGCAAGUGAAUCGUAAUAAUAAUUCGGCUGCUAGUUACAAGACUAGUAUGGCCAAUGGCGCAUUCUUUGAGCUAAGUUCGAGAUUGGCUCGAUACACGAAAAACGGAACCUAUUUAGACUGGGCAACAAAAACAUGGGAUUGGAUGUCUCAAGUUGGUUUUUUAACGGAAGACUUUAAAGUAUUUGAUGGUGCCGAUGCUGAAGGGGAUUGCAAGCAGCUUAACCACUUCCAAUGGAGCAUUAAUGUUGGCAUCCUUUUGUCUGGUGCCGCUAAUUUAUACAAUACGACGAAUGAUCCAACCUGGAAAACUCGCAUCGAAGGCCUGUUGAAGGGUUCGGACAUAUUUUUCAGCAACAAUGUUAUGAUCGAACCUGCCUGUGAAGCCAACAACAGAUGCAUGUUUGACCAAAAAUCCUUCAAGGGGUUUUUGUCACGGGCUCUUGGAACAACCGUGAAGCUUGCGCAUUUCGCAAAGGACAUCGUCUUGCCAAAAAUCACCGCAUCCUCUAGAGCUGCAGUGGAAAAAUGUGUCAAUGAAAAUGGCAUUCAACGGUGCAGGUUCCAUUGGCUACGUAAGAACAAUGACACUGACCACGACCGUGACGAGAGCAAUGGCAAUAACAAAACUGUUGGAGAGCAACUGGCCACCCUUCAAAUUAUUCUAGCAAGCCUUGCAGGACGAGGAGAAGGUUCUUCCCCUAUCACCCAGCCACCCACUGGGAAGUCACAAGAUGAUGGGAAGUCAGGUAGAAAUUCUGGCGGAACACCGACUUCUGGAGCUCCGUCAAGUUCCCCAUCUCCCGGCAUUGCCUCGUCGGUUAUGGAUUUGAGCUUCCAGAAAUGGGAUGCCAUAAUUGCAGUUUUUGGGUUGUCAACUAUGCUUGGGCUUGUGAUGUGA